ACUUAAAAUGGGCUAAUGUUAAAGCAUACAUCCUUGCUAUUUCCAGAGCCAGUAUUCUGCUUGAGUUUGGACCCAAAGAGUAAUUCAUUGGCAGUGACGGGUGGUGAGGAUGACACGGCUUUUGUGUGGAGAUUGACAGAUGGCGAGGUGCUGCUGGAAUGCACAGGCCACAAAGAUUCUGUCAUCUCAGCCUCCUUCAGUCAUGACUCUGCUCUGGUUGUCACAGGAGACAUGAGCGGAGUGAUCAAAGUCUGGAAAGUUGAAACCAAGGAAGAAAUCUGGUCGUUUGAAGUAGGCGAUCUCCAGUGGGUAGAGUGGCACCCUUGUGCCCACGUGCUGCUGACUGGCACAGACGAAGGGAGUUGUUGGAUGUGGAAAAUCCCCAGUGGGGAAUGCAAAACCUUUUCAGGCCCUGGAUGCCAAGCGACCUGUGGCAAGAUCCUCCCUGAUGGUUACCGAGCAGUUGUUGGCUAUGAAGAUGGAACAGUAAGAAUCUGGGAUCUGAAACAAGGAUUGCAACUUCAUGUGGUGAAAGGGAAGGAUGGUCACCAGGGUCCCCUAACUUGCCUCGCUGUGAAUGACACUGGGAGCCUGGUCCUGACAGGGUCUGUUGACUGCACAGCCAAACUCCUCAAUCCUCUCACGGGCAAGGUAGUUGCUGUCUUUUCAGUCCCAAAUAACACAAAGGAAUGUGUGGACAAAGACCAGGUGGAGGAUACCGAAUCCAACUCUAAUUCUGUCGAGUCAGUGGGAUUCUGUCGGGUGCUUCCCUUGGUUGCUGUUGGAUUUUUGGAUGGCACCAUGGUGAUCUGGGAUAUUCCAUCACAGACAGUUCGUCAUAAAUGGCAGCUUCAGGCUGGUAUUGUGCAGCUUCUGUGGGAGGACCACUCACCCAUCAUAUACACAGGGAGCCUUGAUGGAGUCGUGCGCAUCUGGGACGCCAGGUCAGGAAGAAUGGCGGGUGAAUGCUGCGGCCAUGUUGCAGAGAUCCUGGCGUUUAUGGUGAAUAAGGAAGCAUCCGUGGUUGUCACUGCCUCUGGAGACCAGACUGCAAAAGUGUUCCACCUGCAGCGGCCCGACCGGUAGAAACAAUUUCAUCUCUUUUAACGGUGCUGACCUCACAGCCCACAGCUUACAGACUCAGCAGCUGCAACCCCCUGUGUUACCUGAUUUGUGCUGUGCAACAAGGACUCUUUCUGAUGGACCUUUUUAAAAGAAAAAAUAAAAUGUUUGCAUUUUCA